AAUAUAAUAUAAUGGCAGCUGAAAGUAUUGAUCAAAAGGGAAUUGAAUAUCCUCAUCAGAGAGUGAGCGUUUCGUACAAAUCAUUCGGCGAGAAAUGCAGCCACUUGGCCAAGAAACAGCGCGCCAAAUUCUACAUCCUCCGCCGUUGCGUCGCGAUGCUCGUUUGCUGGAACGAGAGAAAUCACGAGCCUUGACCUAUCUGCAGAGCUACCCCUCCAAUUCCUUUUUUU